AGGUUGUGAGGCACCGUUGAGCCUCGGGUGUCGCCGCGAUUUGCGUGGGCUGCGGGGUGCUUGGGUUUUCAGCCCGCAUCGAAGAUGGGUCGAAAACGCGGUGGAGAAGGUGGGGUAGAAGGAGAUGCCCCUGUUCCUAGUGUUCCAGCAGGAGCGUUGGAUCCUGCAGCCCUGGGCUUCCCUCCUCCUCCGGGCUAUCCUGGAGCUCCGCCCCUUCCAAUGCCUGGCCUCGGACCACCAGGGGCUGGUGGGCCACCGGGCAUGCCGCCCGGCAUGCCACCAGGCGGCCCACCGGGCUUGCCACCCGGCAUGCUACCUCCAGGUGGCCCAGGCAUGCCACCGCCAGGGGCCACGGGGCCGCCGGGGGUGCCGGGAAUGCCCGGAUUAGCCGGAUUGCAGCUGCCACCGGGCAUGCAACUGCCGCCAGGUGUUGAUCCCAAAGCUGGUGGAGGUUUGCUGGGUUUGAAGUUGCCUCCCCCACCUCCUGGUCUCCAGCUCCCCCCCGGCCUCGCUGGUGGGCUGCCCGGUGCGCCUGGCUUGCCCGGCCUUCCCCCAGGGCUGCCUGGGCUACCGCCUGGGCUGCCGGGGCACCCGCCGGGGAUGCCCAAGCUGCCAGGGAUGCCGCCAGCACCUGGAUCCUUAGACUCUGAGGCAUUGGCACAAAUGAGGUUCCAGCAGGUGGCCACCGAGUAUGAGCAGAUCAAAAGCGCCGGCAUCGACCCACAGGUUGCAGAGCUGGCUGAGUAUCAUAGCUUAGAUGAGCGAGCCACUCGUGCCCUCGACGAAGAGAUGAAGAAGCGAAGAGAGACGUUCGAAUCCGACCUGCAAGCUCUCUGGGUUGGUCUCGAAGGGGCAAAGAACCCAUCAGGGAUGCUGAUGAUGAAACUGAAAGACAUGCGCAUGGGCACCUUCAAGGGCAUGACGGCGCUGGAUAAGAAGAUCCAUGACUUCGCAAAGAGAAACCGCUUGGACGCACAAGCAGCUGUCAAGCUGGCUGAGGUGCUUCAAAACCGCGCGGACAUUGACAACGACCUAGCAAAGCUGGCUAAGCAUCUGGAAAGAUCCAACAAACCCUCGUCGCUCGUGAUGAUGAUGCUGCGGGAUCUCCGAGAAGGCAAACCCAUCAAGGAGCCUGAGUACCAACCCGCCAUAGGUAGCAAGGUUCACGAAAGGGAGCUGCGUCAGGCCAUGAAGGAAAAGGAACGCAGCCGAAGUCGCGGCAGAGGUCACAGGGAUGGCAGGGACAGAGGUGGCGACCGCGGCGACCGCGGCGACCGUGGGGACCGUGACCGCGGCGACCGUGGGGACCGCGGCGGUCGCGAGCGUGAUCGGGAUCGUGAUCGUGAUCGCGACCGACGUGGUGACGAUCGACGGGAUCGAGAUCGAGGCGACCGUGAAGGCAGGUAGCAGCCUCGAGGUGAAUCAAACGAUGCGGCAUGAGAGAGUGAGAAGAUAUGCCGAAAAUAGGCUAAGGGAGAGCUUGCUGUGAAGACGCUGUUUCCACUUGAAGGC